UAAUGUUACAUUUUCAUGUUUUAGCGGUAGAUUUCGGGUUGCUUUUUGACUGCGAAAGUUAUCUUGACUCAGAAAAGGUUGGUGACCACUACUCUACGCCAUGCCAGCCUCCGGAGGCAAUCCUAAAGGCAACCCAGAGACAAACAGGUUCCGCCCACGUUACAGUUUUGUUAACCUUCGCCCACAAUCUGGGAGCCAGUUCAUUCUGUCGCGAUACCUUCAUCCACACCAAACAAAACAUUACUCGGGUGUGUUGAUUGCACUCAUAGCAUCUAGUUGUUAAGAAAAGUAUUCAUAUUGUUUUGUGUAUCGUAGGCUACUAGAAAAAUGCAUUCCGGGACAUUGGAAAGAGUUGGGUCACCGAGGAAAAGGACGCUUUCUCGGGGAGUGAGCGAUGAUGAGUCACUUCGCAACAUUAUCAAGGAGACGGAGAGUUCGGCUAGGCGUCUGACGCACAGUGACAGCAGAGGGGGGACCCUCAAGAGGAGCAGUGGGAGUCAGCAGUCUGAGGAGGAUCAGGAACUGAUGAUGGAACUCCCUGAGAUGAUUGACCUGCAGGCGAGCUACGACGAUGUGUUGCAGGAGCUGCGUGGGCUGGAGCUGCAGCGGGAGACUCUGUUGUUCCAGGUGGACGUUCUGCAGGACGCCCUGGAGGGGGCCGAGGAGAUGCUAGCUGAGGCCCAGAGAGAGGCCAGCCACGCCACCAUGGAGUUGGAGCGAGAGAGAGAGGCCAAGAGGAAGUUGGAGGACAUUGUCAGCUCUCUGAUGCAGGAGGUGGAGAGGCUAAAAGAGGAGAGGAACACCAUAUCAGCAGUCCCAGUGUACACACUUGUCAAGGAGCAGGAGAGGGAAGAUGAGAUGGCUAGACAACAAGCACAAGAGAUGAAAAUCAAAAAGGAAGCACAGGAACAAAUCAGGGAUGCACCAAGGGAUGAGGACAAUUCUCCACAAGAUGCACCUCUCUCUAUUAUCCGAUUGGACAGUGAGAGCCCCAGGCCCAACAACGGGCUAUCAUCUGAGACCAGCACUGGGGGGCUGCUCGCUUCCUUCUUCAAAAAGGGGAAGGGGGAGCAGCCCUCUGACAGUCCGACCCGGCCCUCUCCUCUCCACGUUGCCCGGCUGGUGUCCUCUGAGGACGUAGGAGAAGGGGCAGAGGGUGGCUUCACCAAGUUCACGAAGAUGGUCAACAAGACCUUUGGGCCGUUGGCGCUGGGUAGCCAGACCCCCGGGAGCAGUCAGGAGGGGAACGGGCGUGACCUCUCCCCUGACAGGAACAAUGACACAGACAGCAUCAGCGCCUACGAAGACGCCUGCGCUGACAUGCCCGAGCUGGAAGAGGGUGAUGGGCUAAAGCUGCCCCUUGAUGAAGGCUCCCCAGUAGAUGAUGAGGAGGGAGACCCGUCGAAUGGCAAUGAACCCAAGAGCCCCAAAAACCCCAAUGAUUCUUGCAUUCUGUCGUAAGAGCUGCAGACCUGUUGUGGUACGAAGGGUCAAAUCUUCUCUGAGAUUACUGCUCUCGCUCCGUCAGCCUCUUGAUAAUAUAAUAAAAUAUGCCAUUUACCAUAUAGCAUUUACACCUAUAGAAGGGUAGAGUCAAUAUUGGGAGUUGUCUUAAUGCAACUAGGCAGGGUGGAAUUCCAGUAAUGUCUACAGACUACUCAAAGCCAAUCUCUCUCCCUCAGCAUGUUUGGUAUGACUUGCAAGGUUGAACUUAAGUGUUUUGUUUUCCUGCCGUUCGGCACAAAAGGCAAAUGACCUCCCUCUGUUUGCGUGCACUGAACUAUCAGAUAUGUUUAAGGACACACAACAGACCUCUAGCAUUCUAAACAGGCAAACUAUGUGAUUUGUAGAUUAAGACGAUUAUAGUUGUUUCUAUGCUCUUAUAAGUUUAGAUGCUGGCAAGAUUGUAAUCACAAUAGCAGGCAGCCAAUGAGCUAGCUACUAUAUAUUUUUAGGGAAUAUUUCCAUUUAUGGGUAUAAAACCAUAAUGUUUUCACUGCCUCACUGGCCUUCACGGGGACAUUUAUUUUGAUCUAGAAGACUGACUUGGUGCCUUUCUGGCCUCACUAAAAUGCGUUUUUAUGAAUAUGAAAGAUUAACUUGAAAGAUUAAUAAAUUUACUGAAUUUCAUCUAGCUUUAGUUAUCAGAUGUCCAUUGUUUGAAGUUGAACAUAGUACAAUACUAGCAUGAUUGAAAAAGUAUCGACAUUCCAUUUAAUAGUAAACCUUUAAGGAUACCUGAUAAUAAUUUUGAUGUACAGUAACAGUACUGCAUGCUACUCAGUGCUUGUAAGGUCAGGUCAUGUUUGCACAGUUGCAGUGAAACUACUGAAUUGGGAGACCUUACAUGUUAAUAUUUUGUAUCUGGCAUUGCUGGACAAUGUAUCCUUUGUUUUUCUUCUCUCUCUACACAUAACCAUUAACACAAUCUGAGGAUAAUCUUUUGACUUGGAAAGAGUUACAUAAACAUUGCUACCUAUUAAUCUUCUUAGGAGAUUUUGUCAGAGUCCCAAAGGCACCUUAUUCCCUAUUUAGUGCAUUAUCUUUGACUCGGUUCAAGUAGUGCACUAUAAAGGGAAUAAGGUGUCAUUUGGGACACAUCCUUUAUCAACAUUCCUGCCCAUGUUUGACGCUAGUGAGGUCAAAUGGAAUUGAUCUGUUUUCCAAUCCUCACCUUUUUUUAAAUUUGCACAGUUUCCACAGCUACUGUCUUUUUACUGCGUUUGUAGAAUGAACUUGGGUCCAAAUCUUACAAUGCCUUCAACAUUAGCUUUUGUGUGUUAGACUUUGUUUCUCAAGUUAGAAUGCAGCUCUUGUAGAUAAGGGAGGGGGUGGGGGUUAAAUGGAUGUCAAGUUAGGAAUUAUUUCAGUAUGUUGCUUUCUGACUUUGAUACUUGUGAUUUGUGUUUUCUAUUCUGUUUCUAUUGCCUGAAUGUCUGUUUCUGCAGGAGAUUGUCUUCAGAAAGUAUUCACACCCCUUGACUUUUUCCACAUUUUGUUGUUACAAAGUGGAAUGGAUUGAAUUGUC